ACCACGUGAUUCAAGUCUUAUGACCUGAUGACGUAAUCCAAGUGCGAGCAGAAGGAAAGAAGUUGGCGCUAAUUCGGGCUAACUUUUAGGCUUAGUUUUAGCUCUUUAAGUCGCAUUGUUUGGUUCUCUAACAGACAUUCCAUAAUGACGGACAAACCGCCUCCAUAUGCGCCACCAGAAUACAACGGUGGAUAUCAGAACCAGGGGUACGCACAGAUGGGGCCGGGUUAUCAGCCACAGCAGCCCGGGUACCCUGGGGGGUACGGCACAGGAGCACCCCCGGGCUACCAGCCCCUGCCCCAGGGGAUGUCACAACCCUCGUACAUGGGUACACAGACGACAGUUACAGUCCAGCCACAGCCAACAACAUCAGUGGUGGUAGUAGGUGAGUGUUCAGUGGGUGCCCCAGCAUGCAGAGUUGGCGUACUGGAAGACGACUACACGUGUCUCGGAAUCUGCUGCGCCAUCGUUUUCUUCCCGAUCGGGCUCCUGUGCUGCCUUGCGCUGAGACAGAGGAGAUGUCCCAACUGUGGGGCCAUCUUCGGCUAACUGUCCGUCGGUCACUGUCAGUGUGCUUGUAAUGUAUAUACAACAAGAUGUCUGAUGAAAUCUAUCCACGAAGAUAUGUGAAGCGUUUCAUGCACUGGGUAUCACACCAGGGUUUUACCUGCAUAUCUGUGCAGCUACACUAUGUAUCACACCAAUGUUUGCCCCUGCAUACAUGUGUAGCAUUUCUUACACUGGGUUUCACACCAGGGUUUUUCCUAUAGCCAAUGAUUUUUUUCUGUCAACUCAUCAAACCCAUACCUAAUGAGUUGACCUAACUUUUCAUCCUAAACACAUCAAUUUUGUCUGUGAUGAUGAUGGAGUUGUCAAAAUGUUUGCCCGCCACUAGCAACCAAAUUCUGUCAAAAAUGGAAUGACAUUGACUCUGUGUCCACUAAAAGUCUUUUCCCCCAUUACAAUGUCCUUAAACCACGAGAUGUUCAUCAGUAGUGUAGAAAAAAAAGAAAUUAUAUGCUGUAUGAAAUGCAUUCUUUACUCCUCUAUUAAACCACCAAUCAUACCAGAAUGUACUGCAUUUGACUUUCAGGGUUAAAUUUGUAAACCUUUAGCUUCUGAGAUGGCUAAAGGACUGUCCCUUUUGUGAACAAUUUAUAAUCACUACUUAGAUUGCUAAUGGACUGUCUCUUUUGUGAUGAAGCAUAUCUUCACUAAGAUACUUUAGAGUUGUGGGUUUUGGAGGUGGUGGGCAAAAUUGAUAUAACAAAACAUGGAUUUUUAACACAUAUACAUCCUUCUGCCACAGUUAACCAUUACACAUCUAUAAAAGCUGCAGUAUCAUAAAUAGUCGAUUAUGUAAUAACUUACGCCUGUGUGGAGGAAUAUUUUGGCAGUUAGAAACGAAGUUCUGCUUUCUGAAUGCUUAUUCAGAAAACGCAUUCAGAAAACUUGUGUUGUAAUGUAUGAUAUUAAUGACUUGAUAUCUUAGUGUCGAAAUAAUAAAUCAUUGUAUUUUCAUGGCCACCACAGAAUAAUAAAGUUGAAAUAUUCCUAUGUAAAGAUUUUAUGAAUACUCAAGUGUCACUAACACUUUGGGAGGCCAGUCUUGUGUCUUUUCAUAAAAGAUGUUUUACACAACAAAGUUUGUGAAUUAAUGUAUGAAGCAGCUAUCAUAUCACUAAGUGGAGUAUACAAGAGACGAAAAGAAUGCAGGAAGACUAAUAUUAUUUUUAAUACUAAAUGAUUAAUG